AUGGCACUCCAGCUCCGGUACCCCGAAGAAGCCGACUUCCACUCGCGCACGUUCAUCGACGACGAGGAAGCGCCCGCGCCGACGCUGGCCGACGCCAUCUUCCGCUGGAGUCCGAGCGUGCGAGCGGACCUCGCGCGCCGCAGCGAAACCUGCUUGACGCCAGCGCGCUUGAUCGUUGCGACCGGCGCCGAGGCCACAGCGUUCGGCAAGACCAUCUCGCAGGACGCGCCCGUGCUUGGCACGCUCGUUCUCUCAACGACGCCGAUUGCGCACACCACCUUUGGCGCUGGGCCCGCCGCGGUCUGCGCGCUAUUGGCUCUCACGCCCGAGACGCUGCUGCUCCUCGCGCCGCUCGAGGUCGCCGAGCACGACGUGUGGACGUUUGUCGAUGCGCUCUUUGCCCACGUCGCGCCGCAGGAGGUCGUGUCGUUGAGCGCGCUCAUGUCGGUCACGUACGACGCUACCUUGCACGACGGCUGCGUACUCUACCAACUCGCCUCGUCGUCGUCGUCGCCUCUCUCGGACGUGCCCAUGCUGUCGGCGCCGCGCUUCGUGACGGGCAUUCCUGCCGCGCUCCUGACCCACUGCACCCUUCGCCGUCGGCGCGCCGCCGUGUUUGUCUCGCUCCAGCACCCGACCACAUCGCUGCUCGAGUCGACGCGCUGCUUUGGUCCGCUCCAGACGCACCUCGGGCUCAUGUCGGUCACCAGUACCAAGCGCGUUGACGACGCCACGACCAAGUCGUUUGAGAGCUUGUACAUCUAG